CAUAGAAGAAAUAAAGCAAAUAAUAAUUGAGCAUUGUAAAGAUAAAAAUUAAUAAUAUUAAGAUUUUAUAAGAAUAAAAAUUGAAAUAAUGAUAUAAUAAAAUCCUUUUAAAGAAUGUUCGAGAUUGUUUCAAGAAUUAUAUGAAUAGUUUUAUUCUAGUAAUUAAUUAUAAGAGUAAAGAAUUUCAGAAUUUUAUAAAAACGAAAAUUUGCCUUCAAUAUAAAUUUUAGGAUAAUAUUUAUUUAAUGAACAAGAAUAAUAAAGUCUAUUUACAGAUUGGCCGAUAUUAUAAAAUAAUUUAUAAAACGAAGAGUUUAGAACUAUAAUAGGAGAUAUAUAUAAUCAAAAUAAUUGUAGAAUUCCUCAUUUGGAAAGACUUUUAUGUUGGUUUCCUGAUUAUUUAAAACAUUAUAAUAGUUUAACAUAAAAUUUGUUUUAUGGAUCAGGUCCAAUUCCAGUUGAUCAAAGAUAUUAUAUUGCUAUUUUAGCAACUUCCUGUUAUGGCUGUGAUUAUUUACAUAACAGAUUGUCUUAAUAGUUUUUAAACAUAGGAGGUAAUAUUGAAUGGCUUGAAACAGGAAUAAAAUACAGUCCACCAAAGAUAUAAUAAUUAGCCGAAAUAAAUUCCAAAUUAGCAUAUACUCCUUAUGAAUUAUAUAAAAAUCCACAUAUAAUAAGUGUAAAAUAUAUAUAAAUAUAUAUUUUUAUAAAAAAAAAGAGUUUGCUUUAAUUUGGAUGGUAAAAAAAUGAAUUAAUGUUAGCAAUUUUUAUAUUAGUUUUUUAUCAUGGCUUUUCUUGUAUUUGUUUAGCUUUAGGUAUAAAAAAUGAGUUCGAUUUAGAAAAGCCUGAAGAAAAAGGGAUAAAAUAUAAAUUUUUAGAUUUUAAUUAGAAU